UUGGUGUUCGUCAUCAAAUUCUCCCAGUCCACAGGGAAGCUGGAUCCUGGCAUGAGAGGGCCCUACAAGGUUCUCAAGGCCUUACCGAGUGGACGCUAUGAAUUGAAGCUCCUCUCCGGUGCUUACGGGAAGACAUCUCAAGCCGCGGCCGAGUAUAUGGUGCCGUGGAAGGGAGAGUGGUGUCCCGAGAGCUGUGCUGCCUUCUUUGAGGAUGACGGCUGCAACGAGUCUCAGGGAGGUGCAUCAUCAAGAGAUGCAGUUGCAUCUACCGACAGAGCGACUGCAGAGCAUGGACCAUCAACGAGCGGUGCUUCAGUGGAAGCGUCCAACGGAGUCCCUGCUGGUCCCAUGCUGCCCACGGAAGCGAGUCAGGAAGCGGCCAUCGAGGACGAGGCCGUAUCAGGAGAGGCCGUGUAAGGAAAACCGGCAUACGGUGUGACGGAUCCAUGCCACCACCGCCACCCGAGCCUAUAUAAGCAGGCCGCAGAGAGGCGCCGCCCUCUUUCCCGCGGCAGCUCUCAAGGCGUGAACAUCGGAGUUAGGUAGUGGUGAUCGACGCGAUUUGUGAGGUUGUACUUUUCUUGCUUAUUAUUUCUUCUAUUAUUGUGUACUUGUGUAAUUUGCAAUUGUUAAUAAGUGUAAGACAGUGAUUUUGUUCCCAUGUAAGAUAUUUUCGUUUGUAAAUAAAUUCAAAUAAAGGUUAUGUGUUUUUAGGUUAA